AUGGGACCUCGUACAUUUCUCUACGGCGCCAGUACCUUCUUUCUGCUUUGCGGCAAGGCACUCGCGUCCACAGAAGCUGCUCCUGAACAAAAUCCUUCAUACGACCUCGUAUCUACGAAAAGUGGUGCAUGUCUAACCGAGAUUAAUGCCGCCCGCGAGCAUGCUGGCCUCACCGGCUUUGCCCAGGCAACAGCGACGGGUCCAGACGAUAAUCUUCCCCUCGACAAUGCAGCUCAGCUCUGGAGACUUCCGUGUGACCCAUUGGCAUCAGCACUCGUGUCCACAGAAGCUGCUUCUGAACAAAAUCCUUCAUACGACCUCGUAUCUACGAAAAGUGGUGCAUGUCUAACCGAGAUUAAUGCCGCCCGCGAGCAUGCUGGCCUCACCGCCUUUGCCCAGGCAACAGCGACGGGUCCAGACGAGAACCUUCCCCUCGACAAUGCAGCUCAGCUCUGGAGACUUCCGUGUGACCCAUUGGCAUCAGAGGGAGAAGUGUCAAAGACCAAAAACGAGCUAUUCUUUAGGACCGCCUUUGCUUACCUUCAACUCCCUUCUGCAACACCUAACUGCACAGAAGCAGUGGACCACUGGAAGGCUGCCUUCACAAAUUUCAAAGAUUAUGAUUUGCCCCCAGCAAACGAUUUGACCACCCAACUGUACAGCACCCGAGACAACACUUCUUUCGUGGCUAUCUACAACCCUGCGAAAAAUGCAACAAUAGACUGCCGAGUCUCCACCUGCACAAAAACUACUGUGUCUCAGCCUCAGCCCGACGGAGAAGGCGAGCCUCAUGUGGCUAUCUACAACCCUGCGAAAAAUGCAACAAUAGACUGCCGUGUCUCCACCUGCACCAAAACUACUGUGUCUCAGCCCGACGGAGAAGGCGAGCCUGUCAGAAACCAGGAGAGCGCACACAGCUUGCUCUGCUUGCCGACGCCAGACAUACUGACACUUCACGGCGACCCGCCUUUCACCAAAGAAGAGUGGGAGAAAAUCAAAUCGUCUUUUACGCAGAGCGGUUCUGCCGGGAUAUUCAACUUCAGCGCGGCCUUUUUUGCAUUGGCAACCCUUCUAGGCGUGGCGACUCUUUGGUGA